GCCCGGAGCGGAAAUGGGAUCGUUCUUUUUCUACCACGGUUUGCCAUCAUGGUGUUCAAGCGUUUCGUCGAAAUUGGCCGCGUCGCCUUUGUUGCCUUCGGACCUCACGAGGGCAAGUUGGUGGCUAUCGUAGAUGUCAUCGACCAGAACAGGGCACUGGUGGAUGGUCCGUGCUCGGGGGUAAAGAGGCAGUCUAUGCCGUUCAAGCGCAUGCAGCUCACUGACUACGUCAUCAAAGUACCCCACAGUGCUCGUCAGAAGUAUGUGAGGCGCGCCUGGGAGAAGGCCGAGAUCAACCAGAAAUGGGAGGCAAGCAACUGGGCCAAGAAGAUUGAAGCCAGGAAAAAGAAGGCCAAAAUGAACGACUUCGACCGCUACAAGGUCAUGAAGGCCAAGAAAAUGAGGAACAAGAUCAUCAAGCAUGAGAUGAAGAAGCUUCAGAAAGCUGCAGCCGCCACAGCGAAAAAGGCCUGAGUUCUCCUCAAUAAACCUGUUUGACUUGUACACCUCA